AGAGCUCCACCACUCCGUACUGUGAGAAUCCCACAAGCGUCCUCUCAGACCCUCGAUUUCCUUCGUCGACGCGCCGCUCCUCACGCCCGCGGCCCAGCGCACAGGAAGCCCCGAGGCCGGCAUGGGCGCCGCGCCGACGCUUCCUGGGCCGGCCGGCUCCCCGCGCUCGCUGGCCCGCGCCCAACGCUCGGUCCGUGGGACGCCCGCGGCCGGAUGCCCUGCGUCCGCACGGUCCUCGGCCUCCUGGCGGCCUGUGGCGCCAUCGCCUUCCUCGGCUACUGCAUCUACUUCGACCGGAGCCGGCGUGCUGACCCCGCGUUCAAGCGCCGCCUACGGGAGAUUGUGGGAUCCAGCAAAAAAUGAAAAAUUACAAGAAUUUUUUCUGCAAGAGGUACGGAUGGGCGAACUUUGGUUGUCCAGAGGAGAGCAUCAAAUGGGGGUUGAACAUCUCAGCAAUGCCCUUUUGGUGUGUGGGCAACCACAGGAACUUCUGAAAGUUUUCAAACACACACUUCCUCCCAAGGUAUUUGAGAUGCUAUUGCACAAAAUUCCCCUUAUUUGCCAGGUAUUGCUGUGACUAUCAUGAUUGUUAUGUUCCAGGUAAGAUACUUCCAUUAUAGUUAUUCUUUGCUCACUUAAGUCAUGAAACACUGAUUCCAUAUCCUUCAACUAUGGGACACAAUAGAAACCCAAACCUAAUGAUUACAUCAUUUUCUAAUAUCAACUUCAAACAUUUUUUAGUUUGAGAUCUUAACAGUUACAAUUUUGCUAGAUAGAUGCGGGUAGAUGUUGGUAGAUAAUCACUCAGUAAACAUUUAUGUACCAAGUACUGUGCUAGUUAUGAAACCAGCCAUGCUUCUGAGGUAAGGUGCAUUUCAUGACUGCUAUUAAAUAUCACUAACCAGUCAAAGAAAUAGAGGAUUCUGUUAAUAUAUCAUACAAUGAGGUUUAGGAUUUGUGCUUCUGGGAGGAUGAAGUAGAUGUGCUUUUUGCUAUUUGUCUCACUAAGUAAAACUAAACCCCUGGACAUUACACAUAAAACAGACUCUAAAAAGUAGAAGAAAGUAUACUAGCUAGGGCCAUUGGGAUUUGAGAAACAGCACAGUCGGGGAUUCUCCCCCAUUUUUGGGUCUCAUAUAUCACAAACUUGAGCUGAAGAAGCUGGCAAUUAGCAAAUGCCAAUGGGGAGAGUCAAAAAGUCCUUCCCUACCCCCAGCCAAAAGCUUAUCUUCACCAAAGGGCUAGGAACGGGGAAGCCUAUAAAAUAGAAAACUUUUAAACAAUAACUGCUGUACUCCAGGCCAGCACAGAAAAAACUGUGGUCUUCAUCUCUACCCAAAUCAGCAUAUGCCAGGUAGACUUCUACCCUCACCAGGCUCUGUAAAAAGACACUCCAACUCCCACACCAGAGUAGCAUCAGAGAAGGGCUAUUAGGGAACAGGGGCUUUAAUUCUUACUGGGCAUUAAUAAGGACUGCUCCCCCUAAGUGUCAGUGGAAACUGCAUGGGGAGCCUUCCAUCUCAGUUGUCAGUGAUGAAAUACCUUUCUCCCUUCCCUCUGGGGUGGUAUCAAAGGAGUCCUAGCUGAGAUUCAGAACCGGCUUGCCGCCCCAUGGUAAUGAGCCCACACCCUCCUGGGGUGUCAGUGGAGGCUAUUAGGGGAGUAGUAAUGAGGCACUCCAGUCCCUCUCAGCCA